AUGAGAAAACAUUAAGUUGAGUUUCCUACAAAAAACUAAUCAAGACAAUUAAAAAAGGAAAUAUUUUAAUAUUUUAAAUCCAAUAGGGAAACAUUUUGCUUUUCCUACGAAUGGAUUCUAGGAUAAGUUUAACCCAAAACAGAAUCUUUAUACAUAUAAAAUAUGUUCAGAUUUUACACUUAAGGUGUAGUUCGUCGUCACGACCUUUAUUUGAAAAAGGUUAUAACUUUAGGUGAUAAAUAAUACAUUAUAAAGAUGGAAAGUUAUGGAGAUUCUAAAAAAAUGAGAAUGUAAAUUGGUGUAAAUCCAUUAGCUUAUUCUUUUGGAAAAGUAAUGUUGGAUUAUAAGUUAAGAUUUUAUAACCAUGUAACAUUUAAAGAGGAAAAUAUAAUAGAAGCAGUGACUCCUACACCAUAAGGAUUGCCUGUAAAUGAAUAAAACGAAUAAAACUUAGAUGAAUUAUAUCGUGAUGGGAUGAGAAUGGUUGUUUUGCCAGUUUCAAAGUUAAUAGUUUUGUUGGAGAUAAAAUCUGCGUAUUCAAAUCAUUAAAAUGAAAAUAUUAUUACCGCAUUCCAUAAAUCUUAAACAGAUUCAAGUUUUUUUUCGUAAGUAAGGUAUGUUCAUAAUGAGAAAAUGUUCUUUUUAUAAGCGUUAAAUAAAACAGAUACUAUUUGUGUAUUCACUUAAUUAUUUGAAGGUCCUCCUGCAGAAUUUUUAGUUUGGAAUGUUAGUAAAAAAUAAGAUGGGUUGAUUCCUAUUUUUAGAUUAAGUGAACCUUUAGAAGGAUCGAUUUAAGAUAUUUUCUCUUUCGGAGGAAAUGAGGCGGGGAUGUUAAUUAAUUUAAAAAAAGGAAAUUUCCCUAUUUUGAAAGUCUUCGAUUAUACAAAAAGUCCGGCGUAGGAAAAAACUUCGAUUUUGGAUGUUAUUUCUGUUAAAUAAAAUUCUUUAGGGGGGUCAAAUAAUUUUUGCUUGUAAGAAGUCUAUUUGACUGAUGUUGAAAAUUAAAAAAUUGUAUGGUAGAGAUUUGGAUAGGGAGGAUCUUAUUUUGAUGUCUACAACCCAGUUUCAAAUAAAAUUACUUUUUAAUAUUUAGAAAGUGAGAGCGACGAUGAAAAUUAAGAUGAUGGAAUGGUUGAUGAGUCAAGAUAUGAUUAUAAUAAAGUUACUUCAUAAGAUGGAAAAUAUAUUUUAUCAUAUUAAUCUCGAUUGUGGAAGUAAAAAGCUCAAUAAUGCAUUUAUUAUAGAAAAAAAAUAUUCUUGAGUAUUAUGGGGAGAGUAUCAGAGAGAAAAAAAUGCUAAAAUGGAAAAUUACAUUAAGGAGAAUGUUUAAAUUUUAUAUGUUAUGACCCAGAAUGCAAAAAUAAUGGCAUAUUAUGUUCUAUAUGCAGAAUAGAAAGUCAUUAAAAUCACAAAACUAUUCCUUUAAAGUUAUUUCUAAGUGAUAUAACUAACAAGAUAUAAAACAAUCAAAAAAAAAACAUAAAAUUGGAUUACUUAUUAAAUUAAUUAGAAAAGUUAAAUUAAUAAAUAUUAUAUAGCUUAAAAGAAACAGUAGAAAAUAUGGCUUAAUAAAUUAAAUUAUUUGAAACUGAAUGUUCGGAUACUAUCAAGCGUAUAAGGGAGAAAAUUACGCAAUAACAUUUUAUGAAUGAAAAUAUGCCAAAAGUAAUCGAAUCUAUUAAAAAUGGAGAAUAUACAGACGUCGAUAUAUUUAAAUCUGAAUGCAAAAGUAUUGUCGAAUCGAUUUCUUAUAAAGAAAAUAAAGGCUUUGAAAUUGAUAUUAAACCAGAAAAAUAUAUAGAUUCAUUUUCUAGGACAGAAUAGGAAUGUAUAAAAACAAUAAAAAAAGCAUCUGAUUAAUUUAUUUAAUAAAUAAAAUCUUUAUAAAAUACAUUAUAAAAUGUAGGAAAUUAAGCGUUCUAAAAUUUAGUGUAAUUUUCAUUUUCUUAAACUCUUAAAUCUAGCACAAUAACCUUAAUAGAUCAAAAAAUUUCAACAUAAACUUAAAAUUAAGAUGGAGAAAACAGAUUUGCUUUAUUAGAACCUGUCCUUUAGUUAAAUAAAACCGCGAAAUUUGCUUUUUAGGUAAAAAACACGACUUCUUGGGUUGGAUUAGGAAUUUGUUUAAAAAAUAUUUUGUAAAAAAGAAACUUUAAAUUUGAUUAUAACAAUACAGGUAAUGGCACAUAUUUAGUUUCUUCGAAUGGAUAUACUUGGUCGCAUUCCUCAAAAGAUGAUAAUAGACAACGUAAAGGGUUUGGGUUUGAAAAUGAUAGUGUCGUCAUUUGUAUUUUUGAUCCUGUUAAAAAAGUUAUUAGGUUUAAAAAGCAUAAAGGGUAAUAGAUUGUUUGUUUAAAUGUAGAUAUUCCGGAAAAUGAAAAUGUAUAUGCAUGUGUUAAUCUUUGUAAUAAAAAUGAUUCGAUUGAAAUUAUAAAUGAUGCUGAGAUAUUAAAAGAAGAUUUUUGAUUUUUUGAUUUUUUGAUUUUUUUUUAUUAAU